CAGUCAGAAAACAGACACAGGGUAAAGUGGAUUAAAGUCAUGAAACGGUUCUAGCUAAUCCAGAAGUAUUACAAAUGCUGUGAAACGUAUUGCCAUCCUUUCAUCACUUACCCAUAAUUACAGCGGUAUGUAGAUUUGACUUCCUUAAAGGGCGUAUUCCUUAAUAUCCGUAUCGCGUGUGUGAGUUUAGACAGACAUAAAUGAGAAAUUGAGCACGGCACUCUGAAUUAAAAAAGAAGUUUUAAUUUUUUAACAUUUUUUUUACAUUUCUUUUUUUUGUUUCAAAAACGAAACCAGAGAACCGACCUGGAAUACCGGUUAUUUCUUCUCCUCUAGCUAUGUUCACGCUAAAGAAGGCUAUCGUAUAAACUUGCUCUUCAGACUAUAAAAUGUCAUUUAUGUUUUGUGCCUAAGGCUUUGGAUUUGUACAAUAUAUCUUGGUACAGACAAUGUCGGAAGAGGCCCAAAAUAGAGUGGACGAGGACUUUGAGUCUGAGGAGGGUGAUCUUGAGUCCUAUCUGGAGGAAGAGAGUAGCAGUGAGCUCCUAGAGAGAGUAAAGGAACUUCAGGCUGAGAACUCUGCUCUUUCCCUGGCAAAUGAGAGUCAGAGAGAAGCAUAUGAGCGAUGCUUGGACGAGGUGGCCAACCAUGUUGUCCAAGCUUUGCUCAAUCAAAAGGAUUUGCGAGAGGAAUGCAUUAAGCUGAAAAUGCGAGUGUUUGACUUGGAGAGGCAGAACAGAACACUGUGUGAACUCCUUCAGGAGAAAUUACACAGUCAAUCAUGUGUACACCAGCAGCAGCCGGGGCCCUGUUUGGAACACAUCGGCGAGCUGCAGCACAGUGAAUCUAACAAACUAAUAGAGACUCAGAGAAAUCCACAGGCCAAGGGAACCAGUGAAUUUGCACAAAACUGCAUACCUGACACCCAGGGUUCGUCCACCUCCAUGGAGGCCAUGUCUCCAUUCUUAAAAAAGAAAGCACACAUAUUAGAAGUCCUCCGCAAGCUUGAAGAAACUGAUCCUCUUCGGUACCAUCGCUCCUCUGGCAUUCCGUCAAUCUGUGACUACAGCCAGGCUCUUGCCUCUAAGGAGGCUGUAUUAGCCUGCAGAGACAAUUCAUCCAGGUGCAAUGCACCCAAAGCACAUUGUUCCCAUUCCUGUCCAGAUGUUUGCACACAUCCACAUUUGAAUGGAGGAGAUCACAGCAAUGUCAAGUGUGGUAGCUGUAGCACAUGUCUGAUGCUGUCCAAUAAAGAUUCUGUCAGCUUAGCGAAGGGUAGCCACAAUUGUUGCACUUCAUCCCCUGUUACUAUUGACAACCUAAAUUUAGCUCGGUCUGAUUUUCAGGAGAAUUCGGAAUUGCAGGACCUCGUGAAGCCUGCCACGGGUACAAAUGAACUGUUUGUAAAUAGGACGUCUGCUGAUGUGUCUGUUCUUUCAGCAGAGCAAGGUCCAUCCAGUGAUCCCCACCCUUUAGAAGCCCUAGAUCCUUACUUAAGAUUGUCAAUUUCAGAAAGAGAUCCGACUAGAGCAGUUUCUGAUCUUUUUCUGGUAGAAACAAGAGACAAGAAUAGGUUAUCUGACCUUCUGCUCGAGUCCCAGUCAAACAGGUCUAGUGGUAGCACCUGCAAUGACACGAUUUAUGAUGAUGGCUCAAUUGAUGUCAACCUGCUGGACUCUGAUCUGAAGCACUUAAACAUUGUAGCACCUCAGAGACUUGAGAAGGUCAGUGGUAGUGAAGAGUUUGCAGUGAAAGAAGACACGGACUGUCUCUGUCGAGCCAGCAUGGCCGCCUCAAAGCUGCCUACUCUUGGACUCAAAGACAAUUUACAGAAUGCACACUGUGAGAUGGAAAGCAAUGAACCGGUGCACAAAGGUCUGCUGUUUUCCCCUAGUGAAAAUCACACAGCCUCAAAAGUACUCGAUGACAUCACUGUUCCUGUGAAAGACAGCACCCCGUCCGAUCCUCAGUCCAGCAGAUCAAAACUUACAGGCAGCCCAAGUCAAGUUUCCUGCCUUAGAGAGGUCAAGGCCUCACCCUCCAAACUGCUCAAGUUUCUUAAGAUACCCACUCUUGGAGAACGUACUACAGUAACUAAUCCACCUCGUCUCAGUCCUCAAUUGACGCGUAGCUCAAAGAUUCCUUGCCGAAGCAACAAUUAUGAGGUACACCAGUCGCCUGUAGCCACACGAAAGGCCACCACAACGGAAAGGCAAAGACAGCUGCCUGCUUCUAAAUCAGAGUCUCAAUCUGCACCAACAUCUCCACCCCAGCCUGAAGAUGUUCCCACACCACUGGCAAAGGAUCUUAGCUCUGGUAUACCUAAAACAAGUCGUGUAGCCAAACCUACUCAAAGUUCUCACGUUCAGAAGACCCCUCUGAAAAUAUCCCAUUAUGAAAACGUCUCCGAUCUCUCCAAAACAUGUGCUACCGAUGUGUCCCAGUUACUGGGAGAAGUGAGUUCAUCUCUUUGCAAUACCAGUUCUAGUAGUGAAGCGGUAAAAGGGAAGCAGUCAACGUUUGCAAUAGAGCGGCCAACAAGUCUUGAGCAGAAAGAGACCUCACCAGAAUGUAAUUCUUCAGAUCAAGAGGACAGCUCGGAGAGCCCCGUGUGGCAUAAGCAAGUUAAUCACCGGAGUCUGCCUAGUCAGUCAACAUCCCAGAAAGCUCAGACUGGGAUCAGUAUGCGGUCCAGAAGCCAAGAGAAAAAUGAAAUGGAUAAUGAUCCACCCAGCACAGAAUCACCUUUUAAAAGGAACGAUCCACCACCUGUUCCUAAAAAAUCAGGGAUUGGUAGACAUUCAGGUGAAUCAAGUCAUUCGUUUAAAGAAAGGUUGGCUGCGCUUGGCAAGUUAAGGAACCCGGAGGAAUCAACAGCUUGUUCUCAGCUUGCAGAAAGGAAAGAAUUUCAGUCCACUGCAGGUAUGGCAACACGUAGCCAAGAUAAAAUCAAAACUGCUGACAAAAAUUCUGAUUGUAAAUCAGGAGAAUAUAGACUUAUGAAAAAUACCGAACCCACUGAUGAAAAGUCAUAUCAUUCAAGUCAUCUUGAUGGUGCUAUCUCGAAACAACAAGGGUCCUUUCAGCAUGGUGAGCAAGCAGUCAGAUCUCUUCCCUCCAGCUCAUUAGUAUCUAAACUUGAAAUUGAUACUUCAAGAUCAUUCUUAGCCAAGCAAGAAAGUCCAAAAUCGAAGAUGCAUCCACCAUCUUCCAACUUAGAGGCUGCACAAGCCUUGCGCAGCUAUGUUAAAAGUACAACACCACAUAGCCUUUCAUAUAAUGGAAAAAACAUCACCGGUCCCCACAGUGGCAGCCCCAAUAAAAUACCACUUAAGUCACCAACGAAAACUGUACCACCAUCUAUGAACCGAGAUGGGAAACCUACCCAAGAGUUUCAGAGGUACAUGUCCAAAUCUGAAGAUAGAAGCCAUCUCAGGGCCAAUAAGAAGAAGAAUUCUACCUACGGAGAGAGUCUUCCUCCUCCACCUCCAAGGCCGGUAGAAGUAGCCGAAGAGAAGAGACACUCUGCCCCCAGUCCUCAAUCUUCUAUUGAGCAGAAGGUCAUGAAGGGCAUCGAGGAAAAUAUGUUAAAAUUGCAAGAACAAGAUAAAGGGCAAAUGGCUGAAGUCAAGCAAAAGGCUUCCAACGGCAUUGCCAACUGGUUUGGUCUGAGAAAAAGCAAGCUGCCAGCUCUUAGCCGAAAACCAGAAGGAUCGAAAGUGAAAGAUGACAAGAGAGAAUGGAAACUCAAUAUAUCUUCGGUGGGCAAGGAUUCCAAAGGAGCAGCUAGGAAAACCGACGGUGAGAGCUUGAAUAUUUCUAUGCUAAUUGAGAAAGCCGAGGGCUUACAUAAGGCUCUUGAAGAAGAAAGGGCUUAUGUCAAUGGAGUGGCUUUGGACCGACAAGGAAAAGGACAUUCCUGUGAGGUGGUGAUGGACCAGGCACAAGGACAGCUGUCUGUGAUGUAUAGGGGAGUGCCAUCUGACAACUUCAUGCAACAACUGCUGAACCGGGUUGAUGGGAAGGACACAGGAGCCAUCAGCAUGGCACAUAGACGCCUCUCAUUUGACUGUAAAUCCAGACCUGUAUUCAGUCACCAGAGUUCUGGCAUAGGCAGUCAGACACGAAGCAGUGAUGACAUGGAAAAGGUUUCUACUUUAUUGAGGAAAGAUGUUACAUCAGAUGACAACCUGGCUGAGAACAUUCAUCAUGAACACUUUGCAGGUUCUGGAAUCUCCACACACACUCUUGACAGUGGCAUCGGCACAUUCCCGCUUCCCGACUACAGUGCGAAUGCUGGUUGCAAAAGCAUUCCCAAAGGAAAGUGCCACGGGGAGAGUGACCCUUCUCAUCUCCAGGGAAAACAUGGCUCAGGGAUGAAAAUUUCCCACAAGGCAUGGACUUUGGAGAGAGAGCUGUCCUCUUUAGAAGAGGAUUAUAUGGGGAGUCAGGAUAUAGACCAUCACACCAGCACGCUGGAAAACAAGAUUCCAACCAGCCAGAUUGCAAGCAUUGUUCAUGAUGGCACUGAUAUCUGUGGAGCGCCUAUGAAAUUAAGCCCUACUAAAAACUGGACGUUUCCUAACCUCCAAGCAUCGGCAGAGCCAUCUGAGGUUUAUCUUGGUGUUGGAGACGGUGUGGAGCCAGUCAGUCAUAAAAGCUCUUUUAAGAGGCGCAACAAGACUAGUGACCCCAUAAGCAACCGAGAAGGUGACCCGAGAAGUCUUCCUCAACCCGUCCAGGCACGUAGAGGCAAAAGUCGUAUUCCUGCUAAUCCAGAGAUGGUGAGGGACACGGGUCUAGAGUUGGUGAGAGAGAGACCGGAUGACGGUCUGUCUCCAAGCCAUCCCCAAGUCCUCGAGACCCCCGAGUCACUGAGUGACUCUCUCUACGACAGCCUCUCCUCCUGUGGUAGUCAAGGCUAAAACUGACUGAACGAUAACCAGGUACCAACCGUUUUUGUAAACCUGAUUUUUGAGAUGCUUCUCACACAUCAGACAUUUUUAAAAGGUGGAUACUUUUUUUGGACCGAGCAAGCGCACAUGUUACCCCUACACUUAAUACCCAUGUUUCUAUCUGCGAUAUCCUAAUGGAGGGAAGGACUUUUACGGUGUGUUCGUAGUGAUCUCAUUUUUGAACCAUUUUACCAAAUCUGUCACCUCAUUUGUGUUCUCUAUUUCAAGUGGUAGCAAGGUAGUGACGUUCAACUCAUGACAUUAUUAUUAAAUUAGCUUCGAAGACCAAGGUCUCAGUUCAUCGCAACAGUCUUCCAGUUUCUAACUCGCAGAAUGUUCUGGUAUUCUCAUGCAACAUCCGUGCACAUCCUUUGGUAACAUUUGUGUAAAGUUAUUGGAAAGUGAAUGUUAAUAUAUGUGAUUUUUUUAUUAAUUUAAUAUGCAUAUUUCAUGAAAAUAAGAAAAAAACAAAUUUGUUUAAAACUUGCAUUUUAGGCUUUUGUUUGCUUCAUUGUGUUGUAUGUGAGAAAAAAACGUGUAGCAGCAACACAAAUGCUAUCCAUGUAAGACAGAGCUACAGUGUUCCGCAGUAAAUUGUUAUUUACAUUUUUAUUUAUUUAUUUUCUUUGAAUUGUGUGGUAAGACAAGACCACAUUUUAUUGGUUACUCUGUUGAAAUAUGUAUCGUGCCUGGGUUUUUGUGUUUCUUUGUGUCUAUGGGUUAGUUUGUUCCCCAAAUUAUUACUAUUUUUUUAAACAUUGAUUUAAAAUUGUGACCCAUGAGCUCAUGACCUAAAUCAAAACUGUGUAUUGUUGGAUCCCGCUGCUUACAAUCACUUAUGUUUAACAAAACCUUCCCAGGAUUGUCCCAGGAUGUUCAGGUUUGGCCAUGGCUGAAUAGGCAACAAAAUGAGCACCCAUUCUCAGCACAUUUUAAAAACAAGGUUUGCAGUUCAUUUACGUAUCUUGUUAAUGUAAUAAUGCUGACUCUGCCUUACACAGCUCUCUAUAGCUGUUAGAAAUGAAGUUUCAUUUUGUCAAUUACUUGGACUACGCACAGGACUAUUGUUGUGAUAGUCGUGUUUUUCCAUAACCCCAUAUUUUGUUCACUUAAAAUAUUUUGCUGCCAUUUUUCCUCAAUAAAUCAACCAUAAGAAAAGACUAAUUGGAAACAUUCCUGAACAGACAUACAUUGUUACACAGUCCUUUUUGGCCUAUGUAAAAUUUACAUUUUUUAAAAAGUCCUUUUUAAUCAUAUACGCAUGACACUGUGUUUUGUCACAAAAUCCUGUAUAAUUUUAAGUAGUUUGUGUUAUUCUCUUAGAUCCCUGAUUUGCUUGCCAUUAUAACAUUUUGUUAUUUACUUUGUUGUAAUUGUCAGGAAUAUUUUAUAUUAGUUUGGUAUGUUUACAAAAGAAUUUAUGAUGAAGUUGUUAAUAUAUCUGUAAAAUGUUUAUAUAAGGUGCUGAUUUUUGUUUUCACUCUGUCCUGCAAAAGCCAUAAAUGUGUUUUCAUAAUCUCCUUUCUAAGCAAUCGCCAUCACACAUGCAAGUCAAUAAAUCCAUUUUAAGUAUA